ACGCAAGCUGUCGAGAAAACCAACAGAAGAAGAAUAAUUAUCUAAAUAAGUGUUGUGCAUAUGACGGGGAAGUCCAGUCAGGACCAGCCUGUUGUUGACUGUCGCAGUGUUUAGUCUCUGGAGUCAGCAUGGGGUUGUAGCUGCUAGAGUUACACGUUACAGGAAGAGGUCUACUAGAUGAUGUCUACUGCCUUGCUGUGUGGAGCUGUGGUGUUUCCGGGUCUCUUCUACAGCUUCAGCAGAGUCCUGAGAUGCUCUCUGACCCAGUGGAGCGAUGCUGACGUGAUGUCUGUCAGUGAGAGGCUGGUGUCCUCCGUCCAUGCAUCUCUGGCUACUGCAGCUGGAGUCACAGUGGUGGCGUCCUGCAGGGAUGUGAUGACUGACAGUCACUGGCUGGUCAAUGCGUUUGCUUUGUUCGGAGCUAACUUCAUGGCCUUCGACAUCUAUGCCAUGUAUCUGAGCCACUACCACACUCAGAGGGUCAGAGGUCAUCCCAGUUCGUCCGGCGGCCACUCUCUUCAGACAGUGAAGGCUUUCCUCUUUAGGGACUGGAUGUUGGUCCUCCAUCACCUGGUGCUGCUGCUCAUUUUCAUGCCCAUCACUCUGUUCUUCAGAAGGGGCCUGGGUGAUUUCUUCAUCGGCUGCUUUUUCAUCACAGAGUUCAGCACACCUUUCGUCUCCAUAGGAAAGAUUCUCAUCCAGCUGGGCCUCGAUGACACCAGGAUGUACAGAAUCAACGGCAUCAUUGUCCUCCUGAGUUUCUUCACGUGUCGGAUCUUGGUCUUCCCCUUCAUGUACUGGAUGUACGGCCGGCAGUUUGGCAUUCCCCUGCACAGAGUGGCCCUCCAUCUGCCUCUGCACUGCAACGUGGGUAACCUGGUGGUCCUGGCUCCACAGAUCUACUGGUUCAUCCUGCUGCUGAGGAAAGCCAGCAGACUCUACCUGCGACGGGAGAGAGGGAAGGGAGACGCAAACAAAGACAGGCCCAAGACAGACUGAGGGGUUCCAGCUGGUUAUUAAAACACCUGGUAGUAUUAGGGCCACUGUUGUGGAAUUUCUUUUUUGAGAGUAAGUAACAUUUUCUAAUAAUCUUCUGCAAAAUAGUUAUAAUAUUGGUGCCUUAAAGUGCCUUCUAUCAGUACAGAAGCUGGCAAAACAAACCUGUUCCACUACGGUCCUGGAACGAUCUGCAGGCCAAGCUCAAACACGAGACCCUCAUGUCUUUAAAUGAUUUUAAACUUAGAAUAAAGGAAGUGGUCACUCCUAGCUGCAGUUGCCUCAAUUAACUAACAAACACAUGACCAAAAUGCUACCUUGUUAAUGGACCGUAUGAUGUAUUUUAUUGUACCUAUUGUUGCCGCUGUGAUUCUAUGUCGUUGUCUCGUUAUGUGUUGGAUGCUGCUAUUUGGGGUUGUCAGAAAAAUUCUAAUCUUUUUCUUGAAAUAUUCAUUUUUUCUUGUAAAUUUGACCUUUAUUCUCAAAACUUCUUUCCCUCAAAGUUAACUUCUGUGAAUCCUAUUUUUUCCUCAAAAUGUACUUUUUACUGAGAAACUUUUUUUUAAACUUAAUUUUCAGAAUAUUAAGACAUUUUCCUCAAAGUAUUAAUUUUUUCCACCUUAUUCUCAGAUUUUUUUUUCCUUGACUGUGGCCCUAAUAUAUCACGAUACAGAGAAGUUUGGUGUUUGUCCUGCACUACCUAUCAUUAUGUAGCUUUUUAAAGGGGCUGUAUGUAAGUUUUUACAUGUAUAAACGUGUUUUAAUCAUUUUUUAUUGCCAGUGUGUGAACAGGUUGUAACCUAACCUAAAAAAUGAGACCGUCCGUUACUUUCUGGGUUUCCUUUAUCAGCCUGUAAACGUCCCGGGAAAAUCCAAUGGAUGUGACGUCAUGCGCGCCCGUGUGUGCCUUUUCAACAAGCAAUUUCUGAUUCUUACAUCCAGCCCCUUUAACUGAACUUUGAUUGUCAGUUGCUACUAUGUGUAACUACUAGGGUAACUAUUUUAAAUUUUGUGUUACCAUGCACUGUUAAAGCUUUACUAUUUGCAGAGAAUAUUUUUUGUACCAAUAAAACAAAUUAAAUUACG